CUACUCAUGUCUAAGUUGUUUACAAUCUCUCCUGCUAAACAUGGCCGCUCUCAAACUCUCCGACUGCAGUUAGAGCUCUUUAACUCUCCGUUUUCUUUUUUCAGUCUUACAAGUGUUAAUUGUCAUAACGGACCACGGUACACAUAACGGUUUAGCGCUUUGUUUCUCCUUUUUGUUGCUUUGUUUUUGUUUUUAUCCCUUCUUCCUCUGAGUCGUUAGCCGCUGAAGCUAGUUGGCGAGCUAACUUCUCCGUAGGGAACAAUGACAGCGACUUCGUCAGGUAGCACUAGCUGCCUUACCGCUAAAGGACUGGAUAUAAGUCUGGCAGCUUUGCAGCGACAAGACCCGUACAUCAAUAACAUCGUGGACGUGGCCAGUCAAGUCGCCCUGUACACGUACAACAACAGGGCAAAUGAGUGGGAGAAGACAGAAGUGGAAGGCACUCUUUUUAUCUACACAAGGCUGGCAUCUCCCAGGCAUGGGUUCACCAUCAUGAACCGACUCAGCAUGGAGAAUCUGACAGAGCCAAUCACCAAAGACUUGGAUUUCCAGCUCCAGGACCCCUUCCUGCUUUACCGCAAUGCACGAUUGGUUAUCCAUGGCAUUUGGUUCUAUGAUAAGGAGGACUGUAAACGCAUCGCCCAGCGGAUGAAGAUUCUGACCCAGCAGGAGCAGGUCCUGGCUCAGUCCCAGGGUGGUUGGCUGUCCCCAGGAGGAGGACUAGGAGGGGGAGGAGGAGGGGGAGGAAUAGUAUUUGCUGGUGCAGGAGACGGAGGAGGAGGAGGAAGUGGAGCAAAGGGAGUGGACAUCAUCCAGAUGUUAACCAAAGCACGCACAGAGUAUGACAAGUCUACCUCGGAGCCGAAGGAGAUUGGUGGCAGCAGUGUCCUGUCCGGAAACCCCAACCUGAUCAAACCAAUACCCGUCAAACCGAACACUCAGGACAGCGAAGGUGCUGAACCCAAGCCUCUCUCCUUGGCCACUCUGUUCGGCUCUCAACAUCAGCAUCAUCACUCACCUAAAUCUCACCCCGUUGCUCCUGUGGCUGCACUUACGACUGUGCCACCAGCAGGAAUGGCAUCCCGCCCACCUGUGGCUCGAACACUGACCUACGAUGACACGCUGAACUCUGGCAGGAGUGGCACCUCCAACGGAGGGGGCGCCGCUCAUACUGUGAGCUCAGAUGGAGGUAUCAGGGUAGGUGGGGAAGACGGUGGAAAUGUUAUAGCGGCCUUGCUGCCCAGUCCCAGUGCUGCUGCUCCUCCUCAUCAUCAUCAUCAGCAGCAGCAGCAGCAGCAGCAGCAGCAGCCCUGCCCGGCCAUUCAGAAGCUCAUGCAGGGACAGAGAGCUGCAGGUGGUGUUCUUCAGACCCUGUCCGAGUCACCAGAGAACCGUCUGUGUGACAACGGUAUGCCGCUGGAACAUCUCCACCACCACCACCAUCUUAUCCACCACCACCUUCAGCAGCAGCAUCAGCAGCAGCAGCAGCAUCUCCACCACCAUCACCAGCCACAGUUUCAACCCGACCCAAUCCAGAGACUUUUCCAAACCCAGGCACCUUUUCCACCCUCUACCUCCUUCUCCUCCGUGUGUUGCUCCAACCCUUCUCCUCUGCAGCAGAACCCUCAUCUCUCCUCUCAGCCUAUAAUGGUGGAUUCCCUGACCCACCUUCAAACACAACCAAGCCAGCAGCUGUUCUUCAGCCUCACGAAGUCUCAACCGGACGUGCAGCACAAUAGCCAGACGGCUUCUCUUGUGCAGGGAGCCGGUUUGUUGCCAUCUCAGGUGACCUCGGACAAAAUCAUUCAACCUUCACAAGGUCUGUCUUCCCAGAUGCCCGGUGUGGUGUCACCUCAUGAGCUCCUCCAAAGGCUCCAGUUGGUCCAGCAGGAGCAGCAGAGCCUUGCGUCUCACGAGCAGCAUCGGCACGGUCCAGGACUGGCCCCUCGAUUCCUGGCCCCCGCCGAAAAUCAAGGCGUGGGCUCAGCUUUAGGCUCGGUUCCAAGCCCAACGGCAGCCACGGCAGGUCAAAAAGCAGCGCUGCAAUUUCAGGUAAUUUCCCCCCAGCGGAUACCGGCCACUGUGGCCCCCACUCUCCUACUUUCUCCCAGUGUGUUCGCACAGACAAAGUCUAGUGGUGGACUGUCAGCGUCCGCACAGGAGAGCAGCCCUUCCCCAUCAACCCUGCCCAGACCCCUACAGCAGGAGGAGAUCCGAGUUCUUUCCAGAAGCCAACUUCAAGCCACGCUACUGCAUCUGAUCAAGACCGAUGGCUCAUUCCUGGACUCCAUCUACGACGCCUACGUCAGCCGCUUUGCUAACGACUCCGGCAGCAAGUACUGUUGCUCCUCACACCCUCCGUCUGUACGCACACCCUGUCCAGAGGCCAAUUCUUACACCAAGUAUGGAUGAAUCGCACUCGCUGUGUGUCAACUGACUCUAUUCACUUCAUGAUGCAAAAAAAAAAAAUAAUUAAAACUGUAUUUUUACAUAUCACAACAGAAGCUUCUCAUCUUGUGACUCUUCAUAAAAAAAACAAGUCAAUUUGAAUAUAUUUUUGUGUACAUUCUUGUCCUCCCCUGUAGUGGUGAAGAUGGACCGGUAGCAUAUACUUAAAUCAUUCUCAGCCACAAAAGACAGUUUUUCCCAAGAUGUUUAAAAUUUCUAAUGGUAAUCUGCACUAUUUUGCUCAUUAAAUGUAGCAAUAUAUAUGUUUUUUUUGUUUUCAUCAUAAAUACUUUCCUUGCUCCACCAUCCAGCACUGUUCAGCCUACUGGCCUUUAACAGACAAGUCUUCCUGGUCUUUACACACAUGUAAAGCAUGUUUUACACGUUUACUGUACAUUUGGGCAAAGUGUUUAAACAUUGUCAGAAUUUUUAUUAUUAUUUUAAAAAGAACGAUGAGCGAGUAUAUUUUACUAUCCGACGGCUUUUAAACUUCCUAUAAAAACUGUCAUGUGGAUUUGUGUUUUUUUUUCUUUUAAGUCUCUUGACCCGACUCGUGUUUGUCAACUAAAUGUCUAAAUGGGUUUGUCGAUGACUUUGUAACUAGUGCUAGAAUUUUAUUAAAAAGAAAAAAAAAAAAACAACUACAUAAUGACAGCUCAAAUAUGCAGGGAAACUGUUAACGUGCUCUACCUCACAGAAAGCUAGUUUGAAGGUGUACCUGAUUUUACCAUUUCAAGGGUUAGAUAAUUUAAUGUUUCAGUCUAUUUGAGGGGAUUUGAUUGUUGUAAAACACAAUGAUUUAAAACUCAAUGAUUUUGCCUUCACACCAGAGCUUCUUAACAGAAGAGCGCACAAAAAAAAAAAUCCAUAGAGUAAAAUAAAACAGAUCGAACACUUUGUUAUUGAGCAAAAACUCCAGUGAUUGAAAAUGUGAUUUAGAAAAAUAAAUACAUAAAACAAAGCACCUCAGUUUGAAGUUCUCAGGCCUGUUCAAAGCUUCAGUGGAAGUGAUGUAGACAAAUAAAAAGCAUUUACAGAAUACUGUUCAACUAUGUGUCAGACGUAAUCUCUUACCCGGUAUAGUGCAGAAGAAAACGUUGAUUUUUUUUUAUCACGGUUAAGGAUUUGAACUUGUCUUAUGUGCUGACCUCAUAUGCCAGACGGCCUAUACAGUAGCUACCAGAAAAAAUAAAAAGCAAAUACAUAUGAUUUCCUUUCUUUUCUUUUUUUUCCACAAAUAACCAGCACGUGACUGUUGAAGUUACAGCCAAAAUAUUAAGACAUUUUCGACAUUUUAUUUGCUGUUUGAAUUCAAAAGAUGUCAUCCAUUUUCUGCAGAAACAUUAAAAAUGCUAAAAAAAAUGUUUUAUUUUCCUUCUGUUUGUUUUGCUGAUAUAUAAACCGGAGUCUAUUUUAAUUGGUUAUUAAAUGUUUUAAAACUA